UGUUCGGUUUUUAUCCGAACUUUCCUAUAGAAUCCAUAUUCGAUAAUACGAACAAAAAGUAAAAUUAUAUAUUCAAUAAAAUCACAGAGCUUCGAAUAUGCAAUCGAAGUCUUAUUUGUCAGAAUAAUUUCAAUCUCUUUAGGCCACUUGGAAUUAUAUGUUUUCGGGCUUCCCGUUGCUUGAAAAAUGAAAUAUUCGCGUUAACAAUAGAUCGCACGAAGAAGGCAAUAUCGCGCGCUUUCAAUCGAAGAUUAAAAAUCGGAGGGGAAACAUCCUCGAAUGCCAAUGAGUAACGAUAAUCAGGACGCAUCAGAACGCGUCGUUUCACCGCAAAAAAAUUGAGAACAGAAUGAACCCGCAAUAAUCUCGCUGCUCACGCUAAACUGCGCGCGCUGUUCUUUCAUUUCCGCUCGCGAUAAGCCCUUUCUCAUUUCUAUUCCCCGCGAACCAACGCAUGAUUGGUAUUGCUAUUAUUCAAAUAAUAUAAUUUCAAGUUCCCUAUUUCGUUGCCUUUUCGAGAGCGGACUAAUCACAUCUGCUAUUCUAUCGAAAGCUUACAGAAUAACCUGCCCAAUUAUUUUCGAUCGAUGCGACAGACUCAGCUUUAUUAUUUCAGUAUAUCAUUGCGUAGGUUAAAGAUUUGCGUAGAGAAAAAAAUCAAUUGCAAAUUGAUCGUCUCUCGUAACUCAUCGCGAUAUUCGCGCAUAUCCUAGAAAUGUCUCUCGGCAUUCGAAAGCAGACUGAGAGAUCGCGAAGAUUAAACCAGGAUAUCCUAGCAAGGGUAUCGCGUUUUAUCCGUCCAGGAAGUGAAACUUUCGGCCGUGCAAAUGCGGCCGCACGUGCGGCUUCGCAUGGGGGCGGCGCAGCGCCGCAUGGGAAAGAGAGGGUGGCCGAGGGUGGAGAGACAUCUUCGUGGAAGGGAGUAUCCCCCCCCUCUACCUUGGUCCUUCACCCUAGCCAGCACGAGGUGAGAGAAUGGAGGACAGCCAGGUGAUUCAGACGCGCGUGCCAUCCCGCAGAGACCAACAUUCUCUAACUGACGAGUCCGCUACGCUCCGAUCCGUCUCGAGACGCCGGAUGGUGCACAAAUCCUAUCCCGAGAGUCUCCCGGCAUAAUUUUAAUUGUGACUGAAUUGUGUUCUGGUGAAAAAAAUGCAAUUUUGUGAAGAAAAGAAGUAACGGGGGAUAAUUAUCAAGGAUUUCGAGAAAAAGAGAGAGAAAAAGAGAGAGACAAAGAUAAGCGAGUUGAACUCGAAAAUCUUCGACAUUCGAAAAUUGUGAAGCUCUGAGUUGUGGAAGUUUGCAGUGUUUCAAGUUCUGGUUUCUGAGAAAUUUUAGACUUCGCUUAAGCUCCUGUUGCUAUCAACUUUAAGUUUUAAGAACAUUGGACAUCUGAAUUUGUAAAACUUUGAAUUGGAUGACAGCGCACUUGGAUAUAACAGAUUGCGAAUGUUUUCUAUCUAGAAAAAUUCUUCUGAGGAUUCAAGAUCCAUCUUCGUCGAAACAAAUAUUUCAUAUAGAGAAUAAUUUUUCACUCGAAAGAAGAUCCUUCAUCCAAAAGUUCUUAAUUCACGUUUGUUGUCACCUUUUGUUUGACACGAAAAUUCUACGCGUUUGAGGAUCUUCUCGGUUCAUUAUUCUUCACUUAAGAAGAAAAAAAGAAUUAUAAUUACGUCUGAUAUCUUUCAAGAUUCACACUCUUUCAUUUAAAGAAAAUGUUUUAUGUCUGAGAACGUUUAAUUCUUUCGCAUUUGAGAGAAAUAUUUGUUUGAGGUCUUCAAGACCCAUGAACUGUCGAGGAAUCUAGAGAUUACCUUUCCUUCAAUGUCUGCGAAGAAGACGAGAAGGCCAUCGUCGCCGCGACGUUUCUUCGCGCGGCUUUACGGUCAUUUAGAGGCGACCAAGAAAACGAAGGACGACGAGGACGAAGAUUGUACGAGAGAGAGUUUAGAUUCUUCGCCAGAAAUCACAGAGAAAACCCCGCACGUGCUCCCUGAUUCACUUGAAACACACAAGACAUUACACACGUCGCAAGAUUCCAAGGAUCUCGAAAAGGCGCCGGACAAUGCCGUGAGAAGUAAAGUGUUCGAGGGCAAGGAAGCGGAGAAGGACUCGGUGCUCACGACUGUAAGGCUGCCCUUCCUGCACGGAUUUUUUCCGAGAGCACCCGGUCAUCCUUUACACCUGACGCAGCUCGCACAUCCGCCUACGCUACCACCGCAUCUCCACGGUGUGCCGAGCCAUCACCCCAUGGCCGAGCACCACUUCCAAGGAUUCUCAGCCUUCCUGGCGCGCAGAAGAAGAAAAGAGGGCCGGCCGCGAAGGCAAAGGACAACGUUCAGCGGCGAACAGACCCUGAGGCUGGAGGUCGAGUAUCGACGAGGGGAGUAUAUCUCAAGAGGACGUAGAUUCGAGCUUGCGGCUUCCUUAAGACUCACCGAGACGCAAAUCAAGAUCUGGUUCCAGAACAGGCGCGCUAAGGACAAAAGGAUCGAGAAGGCGCAACUGGACCAGCAGUACCGAAACUUCGCCGUGUCGAACGGUUUAGUGAAUCUGCCGCUUUAUAACGCGGCAGGAUUCUGCGGUCUCUGCCUGUACAAGGAUACUUACGGAUCGGUGACUAAUCACUCUUGCGCAUCCAGCAACUCCAUCAUCGCCGACUCGUCGUCGAAGGAACAACCGCGUUACAGCAGCAGCGGAAGCGAGACAUCCGAUAAUCCAUCGAACCUCGCGUCCAUAAUUUAAUUAAAUUAAACUUAACGCGAGCAGCGUAUUCAUCUAAUUAUAAGUUGAAUCCUUUUUUUACGUAGUUACGCGGCAUAGAACCAACUCUUAACAGUUUUCGAUG